GGGGCCGUACCGUGUUACACACUUUUUCGUUAUUGGAAAUUGCGUUAUUAAAAAAAGUAGUGCGCUUGGUUAUAACUCACGACGGAUAAUACUUGACUAGAAAGUAUGUCCAAAUAGUUUUGGUCUAAAACCUGCCAAGUAUAUCACAAUGAAAAGUUAUCCCUACAUUCCCAGUAUGGUGCAAGCUAUCACUGUCCUUACGGUUUUGAAAAUGAUGACUAAAGCUCAAACAUCUUGCGGUUCUGGUUCCUUGAAUGGCAAAAUAUUGUACGAACGAUUACCCAAUAUACAAUUGCAAGGAUUUGAUGACGAUGUAGUUAGAGAUACGGCACCACCAUUUACGGUUCUAGAAAAAUGUCAAGAUAUGUGUCUAAGGGAUCGGUCGUCAAACAACAUCGUCAGGCAAUGUGCUUCUUUUGACUUUCAACCGGGAAGCAGGAUAGCAACAUUCAACGGAGACCCUCAAUAUGAAGAAAGUACGUGCUACCUCACUGGAGAACAAGCAAGACCAGAAGGACUAGGAACCUUGAUGCUUGCUCCUAAUAGUAUCCAUUUCACCGAAGUUUGCAUAUCAUCUAGUAGAACAGAACGAGAAUGUCCAAACCGUCGAUACGUGUUCGAGAGGCAUCCCAGGAAGAAACUCAAACUACCACCGGCCGAUAUCAAAGAAAUGGCCGCGACCAAUCGCAGCGAAUGCGAAGACAAGUGCCUCAACGAGUUCAGCUUCGUGUGUCGCUCAGCUACAUUCGAUUUAGGGUUGAGGACGUGUACUCUGAGUCGAUUUACUAGAAGAACUCACCCGGAGUUGUUGGAAGAUGAUCCUGACAGCGAUUAUUUGGAAAAUACAUGUUUGAAUGCCGAUAGACGAUGCGAUGGUUUGGCUGUAUUUAUAAAAGAAGAAAACAAACGCUUAGGAGGACCGUUCGAGGUGGACCUAUUCACCAAUUUGACAUUAGAAGAUUGUCAAAUAAUGUGUGUGCGCGCUGAAAAAUAUCUUUGCAGAUCAAUCGAAUAUGAUGAAAUGACAAAACAGUGCACGCUCUCCGAAGAAGAUUCCGUGUCCCAAAAAGACGACAUCGGAGUUUCUAGCAGCCCUACUCAUCAUUUCUACGAUUUCGUCUGUCUAGAUAGCCCCAGAGGAUCAGAAUAUCCAGAUAAUUCUGUAACGUCCCAUCUUUUUACGGAUAAAAAACCAGACACGGCAUUUCAACGAUACAGAAACAGCAGAUUGGGAGGAGAUCACAAUUCGGAGAUAUCUGGUCGAUCACUCAGUGAAUGUCUGGAUGAAUGCUUGAGACAGCCCAGCUUCCAAUGCAGAUCUGCGGAAUAUAGUGAGCGAUACAGAAGUUGCAGGUUAUCCAGGUUUAAUCAACGCGACGGCAUGAGAAUAAUCUACGAUGCAGAUUAUGAUUAUUACGAAAAUCUUAUGCUGGGUGGAGAUGGAGAUGGUUCCAGACCAGACGGAGGAGGAGUUUACCAUCCCGGAGACAGUGGCGGUACCUACAGACCAGGAGGUGGUUCUAGAUAUCCACCGGGAGAACGUUAUCCUAUUACGACGGGAAGUAGAUAUCCACCUAACGUGGAUGACUACGAUGACAGAUAUCCAUCCAGAAGACCAGGAGGAUAUCAGGAUAGGUAUCCCACUGAUGACAGAUAUGGUGGUAGAUAUCCCUCGGAUAGGUAUCCUUACAGACCUCUUGGUCCACCAAGGUACCCACCAUCUUCAAGCGGAGGAGACAAGUUUUAUCCUGUAGAUGACAGAGAUCGCGAUAGGUAUCCUUCUUACAUUCUUCCAUCAGGUGAAGGAGGCUUAUAUCCAAGGCCUAGACCAACCUACAGUGGAGGAUAUGGUGACAGGUAUGGCAGUAGAUACGGUGACAGGUACGACUAUAAACAAGACAGUUUUUAUGGAGAUAGACUUGGAGGAAGGGAUAGAUAUAAUAUUGAUAGAUACCCUGUAGGUGUAGGAAGAUAUCCUUCAGACAGAGAUAGAUACAGUGGCAAUAGGGAUAAAUAUUACCCGGAUAGAGAUAGAUAUAAUGGUGGAUAUCGUAGUCGAUACGAUGAAGAUGACCGAUACAACGCAAGGUAUGGUGAUCGCUAUAACGAUCGCUAUGGAGGUACUAGAUACGGCGGAAACAAUAAUAGAUACGAUGUUAACAGAUACGACACCAAUCGAUACAGUUACUAUGGAGAUGACCGAGAUGGUGGCAGCAGAUACUUUUUUAGACCACCGUCACCGGAUCGGCGACCAUAUGGUCGCCCUGUAGAAACUCGACCACCACUAGCACCCAGUUCGAUUGGAUACGAUGCUAGACCACCUUUGGGACCCUACACCAAUCGCAGACCUCUAUCGCCUGGACCAGAUGGACCCAUCUACGAUGGUCUGGGGCCUGUUGGACCCGGUAGACCAUACGCAUCGAGAUGUGACGACAGUGACAGUUUCAAACAGAUGGGUUCCAGACUGAGGGCAAGAAAAGAAUACGUCAGAAAAAGCAUAUUUACGCCAUCUUUGGGCAGAUGUCAGCAGGAGUGCGUAGAAGAAAGAGAUUUUAUAUGCAAAUCGUUCAAUUUCAGAGAAGCGGCACCGGGUCAUGAAAGCGACCGAGAAAACUGCGAAUUGAGCGACAGAGACACCAGAUACUUGGAAAUGGGAAAUUCGCAAUAUUUUGACAACACUGGCAAUUUUGACUACUACGAGAGAUCCAUAUCUGCAAAUGGACUUGAUGGAGACUGCCUAGAUGUAAGCCAAGUGUGUAGCGAGGAUGGAAUGGAAUUCACGCUAAGGACUCCCGAAGGCUUCUAUGGUCGUAUCUACGCACAUGGAUUCUAUGAUAGAUGUUUCUUUAGAGGGAAUGGUGGAACUAUCAAUGUUCUAAGAAUAAGUGGUGCUCAGGGCUAUCCAGAAUGUGGUACUCAAAGAUACGGAGACACUAUGACCAACAUAGUAGUGGUUCAGUUCAGCGACUACGUUCAAACCGGUAAAGACAAACGGUUCAAUUUGACCUGCUUGUUUAGAGGACCUGGAGAAGCAGUAGUAUCGUCUGGAUUCAUUGGUGCUGGAUCUGGUAGUCCGAUACCCAUCGAAUACUUGCCAGCCGAAAAUACCCUAAGCUCAAAGGUGAGGCUGAUGAUCUUGUACCAAGGCAGACCGACCACCACUAUAGCUGUGGGUGACCCGUUGACAUUCAGACUGGAGGCUCAAGAUGGAUACAACUACGCCACAGAUAUAUUUGCCACGAAUGUAGUAGCUAGAGAUCCGUACUCAGGAAGAUCCGUCCAACUUAUAGAUAGAUUUGGAUGUCCUGUGGACCCCUUUGUAUUUCCUGAGCUGGACAAAGGAAGAAAUGCCGACAGCUUAGAGGCCAGAUUCAACGCCUUCAAAAUACCGGAGUCCAACUUUUUGGUGUUUGAAGCCACUGUCAGAACGUGUAGGGAAGGCUGUCAACCAGCCUACUGUCAAACAGGAAGCGGAAGAUCAGAGCCAUCAUUUGGACGAAGAAGACGUUCAUUAAAUGACACGCAGGAUGUAAUUGAAACUCCGACAAAGAACAGCACCAACUCUAACUUGAUCAUGUCCAAAGACACGCAGAUUACUUCGAAGGAUUCAGCAAUGUCUGCUUUAAGCUCUAAAACUGACGAGCAAAAAAGCCAAAACGACGUUGUGGUCGGCGAGGAACCUACCAAAGUUUCCACGGAAAAAGCUAAAGAAGACGAACCUGAAUACGUGAGAGAAAUGAUAGAGGUGUUUGAUUCUCGCGAAGAGAUGCCUCAAGCCCGGAAAGCAGAACCGGCUCCGGAAUACGUCUGUCUCUCUCCCGGAGAGUAUCACGGAUUUAUUGGAACUAUUUUCGUGCUGGUCGCCAUUUUGCUCACAGCCUCGCUAUUGGCCGGUUUAGCCUAUCGCAAGUACUGGCUCGUUAUGAAGAAGAACAUGCUAGCCGAUCGUAUUUCAUCCUCUUCAAAUUCUUCUUCGACGGCUACCUCGUAUCCCACGACUAGGAGCAGCGGAUUGUCUACAGGCGUGUCUAUAUUUGGCACCAACAUCCAAAAACCCUUUUCCAACUUCAGCGUGGCGCGCGCCAGUAACUUCCCGAUCCUACCAAAGAUGGCGGAGUACGGCGAGGCCGCCGCCUCUAUGUCAACGCCCCCUGGCGGCCCCUUCGAAGACCCCAGCGAGCCUAUCUACACCGACCCGUCACUGUUCGAGCGGUCGCGCAGUCUGCGCAGCAUCGCCGUGUCCGCGAAGCGCAGACUGGCCGCCCAUCAACCCAAUUGACGUCACGACCGCGAGGAAAGUGAUCGUUUUAAUUAUACAGGAUGGUUUGUUUUCAUUGGAUGAAACUGGAAAACAUAUAAAAAUAGACUUUCCUCGUUAUUUUCUUGUGAAUGAAACUCAAAUAAUCAUCGCUUUAGAGAUAAUAUAAGCUGAAAAGGGUAAAAUAAGUCUGUUUUCCCAUCUAGUUGCAUAAAUAACUAUUGUAGUUUAAAAUAUAAUGUUAAAAAAUAGUACCAUCUGUUCACUAAAAAGCCUGUACCUAUCGGGUGUUCCACUAAGAAUAGUUUUCGACUGUAUCUCCUAAGAAGUAUUAGCCGAAGGGCCUGCAGAAAAAAAUAUUUAUUACUAAAGAGAAAUUAAAUAAAAAGUCAGCAAAAAAACGCACCUCAGUAUCUAUUUUCAAACCGAAGAUGUGAUGGUAGGCUUCUAGGAACUUAAAUAAUGUCCAGCAGUCGCAUGGCUUCUUUGGAAAUAUUAUUACUAGCUAAAAGUUUCCGAGAUACAGCCGAGAGCUAUUCUUAAGGAUGAUUCACGGUACAC